AAUUAGAUAUACACACCACUGGUACCACUAAGGUGUCAAUGUCAAUUUAUUGUCAAAUAUGUCGGCGUCUGUCAUUUACCACUGAAGAUUCGUAAUAUUUGUAGAUAUUCAAAGAAAUGGAUACACGUUUGGAGAUGCUGGACGAUGUUCCAGGCUCGCUGGAAGGUGACAUGACAAUUCCGUCCAAAACACGGAACACGUCACAACCGGGGGCCCCUGACUUCUACACGCUUGACGAGCCCAUCAAGGAAACGAUUCUGCGUGACAUCCGUGCCGUUGGCGUCAAAUUCUACCACGUCCUGUACCCGAAAGAGAAGUCGAGUUUGCUGAAAGACUGGGACUUGUGGGGCCCUUUGGUCCUGUGCACAUUCCUCGCCACGAUCCUGCAAGGGAACGCGGACAGCGCCUACGACGGCGGACCUGAAUUCGCACAAGUUUUCGUGAUCGUCUGGAUCGGGGCGGCGAUUGUCACACUCAAUUCCAAAUUGCUCGGUGGCAAUAUAUCAUUUUUUCAAUCAGUUUGUGUACUAGGAUAUUGUCUAACACCAGUAGCGCUAUCGCUUAUUAUUUGUAGAGUUUUGUUGUUGGCCACGCAGUCGGUAACGAUAUUCUUCCUGAGACUAGUCGCAACACUUUGUGGAUUCGUGUGGGCAACCUAUGCUUCCUUCGUCUUUCUGGGUGACAGCCAACCACCAAAUCGAAAACCACUUGCCGUCUAUCCAAUAUUUCUGUUUUAUUUCAUAAUAUCUUGGCUUGUUAUAUCGCACUCGUCCAAAUGAACUACGCUAGGUUAUUUAUUUUAUAGACAAGUAAAGAUGAGAAAAUAA